AUGCUUCGAUUACCAGCAGUCCUUCGCCAAAUCAGACCAGUGUCCAGGGCACUGUCACCUCAUCUCACUCGGGCUUAUGUAAAGGAUGUCAAAUUCGGUGCAGAUGCCGGGGCCUUAAUGCUUCAAGGUGUAGACCUUGUAACCCAUGCCAUAGCCAUUACUAUUGGGCCAAAGGGAAGAACAGUGAUUAUUGAAGAGAGCUGGGGAAGUUUCAAAGUAACCAAAGAUGGUGUGCCUGUUGAUAAGUCCAUUGACUUAAAAGAUAAAUAUAAAAAUAUUGGUGCCAAACUUGUUCAAGAUGUUGCCAAUAACACAAAUGAAGAGGCUGGGAAUAGUACCACUACUGCUACUGUAUUGGCACGAUCAAUUGCCAAGGAGGGCUUUGAAAAGAUUAGCAAAGGUGCUAAUCUGGUGGAAAUCAGAAGAGGUGUGAUGCUAGCUGUAGAUGCAGUAACUGCUGAAUUUAAAAGGCAAUCUAAGCCAGUGACAACUCCUGAAGAAAUUGCUCAGGUUGAUACUAUGUCUGCUGAUGGAGACAAAGAAAUUGGCACCAUCAUUUCUGAUGCAAUGAAGAAGGUUGGAAGGAAGGGAGUCUUCACAGUAAAGGAUGGAAAAACGCUGAGUGAUGAAUUAGAAAUUGUUGAAGGGAUGAAGUCUGAUCGAGGUUAUAUUUCGUCAUGUUUUAUUAAUACUUCAAAAGGUCAGAAAUAUGAAUUCCAAGAUGCCUACAUUCUGUUGAGUGAAAAGAAAAUUUCUAGCAUCCAGUCCAUUGUACCUGCUCUUGAAAUUGCCAAUGCUCACCAGAAGCCCCUGGUCAAAAUUGCUGAAGAUGUUGAUGGAGAAGCUUUGAGUACACUUGUUUUAAAUAGGCUAAAAGUGAGUCUUAAAAUUGUAGCACUCAAAGCUCCAGGUUUUGGUGACAAUAGGAAGAUGUCCACAUGA